UGCAUUGAAUUUGUAGAUUGCCUUAGGAGUUGCAUUUUGGGAUGUUAUCCUUCAGAGGAUUACUUUCUUGAAAAGGAAGGAAUUUUUCUUCUCUUGGAUUUGUUAGCAUUGAAUCAAAAAAAAUUCUGUAAUCUAAUACUUAGAAUAAUGGUUGAAUUUUGUGAUAACCCCAAAACUGCGGCUCAUGUCAAUGCUUGGCGAGGGAAGAAGGAUCAGACAGCUGCUAAUCUUUUAAUUAAAUUGUGGAGAAAGGAAGAAAAAGAACUAGGAGUAAAACGUGAUAAAAAUGGGAAGAUCAUUGACACAAAGAAGCCUCUGUUUACUAAUUUUCAAGAAGAGGAAAAAAUCACACCAUUGCCUGCUAACUGCCCGUCUGUUGCGGUUAUGGAUGUUGCCGAGAAUAUCAGAGCAAAAAUCUAUGCUGUGUUGGUCAAACUAGAUUUUGAAAAUUUACCUGGCCUAUCCACUGAAGAUUUUGUCACCCUCUGUAUCAUACAUAGAUAUCUUGAUUUUAAAAUUGGAGAAAUAUGGAAUGAAAUAUGUGAAGAAAUAAAAUUGGAAAACUUAAGACCAGUCACUACAGAUAAAAAAUUUUUUGAAGCUAUUACAGCAGCAUCUGAAAAUAUUGGAAAGAUGGUAGCUUCUCUGCAAAGUGAGAUGAUUGAAAGCCAAGCACGCCAAGAUGUGCAAAAUGAACAAAAAGUAUAUGCAAAAAUACAGGCCACUCACAAGCAAAGAGAACUGGCUAACAAAUCAUGGGAAAACUUUUUGGCUAGAACAUCAAAUGCUAAAACAUUAAAGAAAGCAAAAAGACUUCAGGAAAAAGUCAUAGAAUCCUCUAGAAAUGAUGAACAACCACAAAAUGCAAUAUUUCACCAAACAGAUAUUAAAGGCCUUAACACAACGGUGCCCUCUGGUCAGGUAGUAACAGUGGAAAGCACACCUGCCCAGUUAGUAGGAGGACCUCUGGCUGAUACGGAUAUUGCUCUUAAAAAACUGCCUAUUCGAGGAGGAGCCUUGCAGAGAGUAAAAGCAGUUAAAAUUGUGGAUCCACCAAAAAAGAGUACUCCUACAUAAUAUACUCUGGAGACUUUUUGAAAUAAACUCUGUUAUAAUUUUUAAAAUAUAUCUUUUUGCACAUAAAAAGCGAAUAUUUUAGUA